UUAAUACCAAAAUUUUUCUUAAUAAAUUAACGUUAAAUGCAACUCUGAAAUUGUGCUCUCUCUUUCGAUUGACAAUUUACAUUGUGUGAGUGUGAGUGCACAUGAGCGAAAUAGACAAAAGCCGUCAGAUAAAACAAACUACACAGCUGGCGAAGACAUCAUUUGAAACGCAAAGGCAAGCGAAGUGAAAGUGUUAAGUGAUUUAUGUCUCGUUACAUACACAAUUCUGACGUAUUCCGAAAUAUUUGGGAUUUUAUGAAAAUUUAAGUUUUCAAUUGAUUCCAGAAAAAAAUAGCAAAAAAUACUGAAAACAUUAUUUUCAAAUACAGCUACAGAUAACCUGAAUCUAAGCAACAUGAGUGGAUACACAGAUUUAACCAAAUUGGACAGUAAUCGAAACUGUCUGCGCAGAAUUGCACGCCACGACGAACUACAAUUCUCCAAAGAUAGCAUUGUAAAUAUGAUGGAGAAAUUUGUCAAAACUGUAAAUAUAAUGGAUGACACAAUCUUGGUUCCAUGCAGGCUCAUGGAUCGACAGGUUGGUGACAGCAGUGAUAUUAUACCAGCACCUGGUAAAGACUCAACUUCGAAUCAACAUACUUUCAAUUCAAUUACUAACGGAAAACGCAGUGUUGCACAAUCUAAAAAUGUACAUGAAUUCUUGACAUCAUCGGAGCUCUUCAAUUUGUACAAUAUGCUGAAUUCCUUGAAAAAUGAUCUUUUAUGGACUGGUAAAGACAAUAGCGAAGAAGAGGAAGAUCCAAUAACUAAUGUUCAAAAUAAAAUAAAUGAACUCAAUAAGGGCGCUAGACUCAGCCCAGAGUCAGAGCCAAAGACUGAUAACUCAAAUACAGAAGUAGCUACAAAUGCCACCAAUACCACAACAACAGUCGCAAGUACAACAAUCACAAAAGGUCAUAUACGUCGCCCUUCAACCGCUUCUGUAACGUCAACAGCUUCAGGUAGUAAUAUCAGCGAUUCGGAAAGUGAAGUUUCAAAUGAAAAUGAUUCUGGUGUUGAAUCAGAAGUAAAUAAAGCCAGUUCAAUUAGCAGCAGUGAAGAUUUAUGCGCACAGAAAAAGAAGGCCGCAAAUGCAGAUAAAGCUACCGAACUUGCGCAACGUUGUAAAAGACAUUUAAAUGGUCUCUAUCAAUGUCUAGAACAAAUGACAGAGGCGGCAAAUUAUUUAACCGCCAGAUACCAAAGUGAUAUUGGACCCGUCUAGGGACCAACUUUUAUAAUGGGCGGGAUCAAAAUGUGGGUUUCUACGGUAAUAGGGAAGGUGGGAAGAAAAUGUAAGAAAGCAGAUAUAAUUUUGUGUAGGGUAAGAUCGUAGUUAGCCAUUAGGUAAGAUCUAUAACGAUGAAAAAAUACAAAGUAUAAAAAAAAAAUCAAAAAAAAUAAAAAAAAAUGUAUGUAAUUUAAGUGGAAAAAUGUUAAUUGUUUCUGUAUUUGUGUUUGUAAACACUAUUCAAGCCUUUGUCAUAUAAAACUUGCGUUAAAAUCAAAGGUCAAACCACAGCACAGAUAGCACUUGUUGUAAGAAAAAGCUUAGAAAACAGCAGUAACGAUAACAAGUUUAUCCAGCAUAAAUACUACAUCACAAAAAAAAAAA